AUGACCGAAGCAGAAAAGGUUGACGAAAUUGAACUAAGUGACGAUUCUUCUGAAAUACAUCCUAAUAUAGAUGAGAAGAGUUAUAAAAAAUGGAGAAGACAGAUAAGAGAGGAGGAGAAGUCAAGGAAUAGAGCUAGGUUAAAGGAGUUAAAAGAAAAGACGGAUAUUUCACAGGAAGAAUCUGACGAGAUACAGAAACUUGAGAAGGCGUUAAAACCUCACUUUAUUUCUAAAUCUGACGGUGGUUUUAGAAUUUCUAGUGGAUGUGAGAAUGAGAGUGAAGACAUCGAUUAUUCCGAAGAGCUGCUAAGCUUGGUUAAAGAUAGUUCUUUAACUAAUUUUAUCGAUAUAAUUUCAUAUUCUCGUUUGGAUUUGGAUAAGUUUGAAGAUUUUGUAUUGUUUAAUUUGAGCGAGAACAUUAAGGAAGGUAACGAUGAUGUAGGAUUGAUUUUAAGCAAAGUAUCUCUGUAUUUAGGAUAUGUCAAGAAUAGCGGCAGGUUAUUCGUAAAUAGACUGUGCGAUGAGUUACAGAUUCCUGAUAAGAAAGUUUUAUUUGAGGAGGAUGUAAAGAAGUACUACUGUGAAUCUAAGGAUGCUAUUUUGGCGUUACAGAAGAAUUAA